AUGUAUUAUGGAAUUAGCAAGUUCAGUGAGGCCUACAAUAAGAUCUUAAGGAAUUCAUCAUCUCAUUCAUCAUGUCAAUUGGUCAUUUUUGUGUCUUGUCUUAACAUCGAUGCGUUAUGUGCAACAAAGAUGCUCUCGCUAUUAUUCAAAAAACAGUUGGUUCAAUCUCAGAUAGUACCGAUCUUCGGAUAUUCUGAAUUACGACGUCAUUAUUCUCAAUUGGAUGACAACAUAAACAGUCUGCUAUUGGUAGGGUUUGGAGGCGUUAUUGAUUUAGAAGCCUUUUUAGAGAUUGAUCCAGAGGAAUAUAUCGUUGAUACGGACGAAAAUUCUGGGGAAAAAAGGUUUAAAAGAGACAUUUAUGUCUUGGAUGCACACAGACCAUGGAAUCUGGACAAUAUAUUUGGGUCACAAAUUAUUCAGUGUUUUGACGAUGGCACAGUGGAUGACACAUUAGGUGAACAAAAAACCGCAUACUACAAGCUGUUAGAGCUAGACCAGGAGAAUGAUAAUGGCGAGCCCUCAGACGAUGGCAAUGAUGAUGACAGUGAUGAAAAUGAGGUAACUGACGUCGAUGAAGUCACGGAUGAAGAUGAAGAUGAAGAGGGGGGAAAUAAUGGGUCAAUAUCUAAUAAAAGAAGUAAUUCGGCAAGAGAUUCGAAUAGUGUUUCAAAAAGAAAGCAACGGAAGAAGCAAAUCCAUGAAUAUGAAGGUGUGUUGGAGGAAUAUUAUUCUCAAGGUACAACAGUGGUUAACUCGAUAUCUGCGCAGAUCUAUUCAUUGUUGUCCGCCAUCGGAGAAACAAAUCUUUCAAAUUUGUGGUUGAAUAUACUCGGUACCACCUCGUUGGAUAUCGCCUAUGCUCAAGUUUAUAGUCGAUUAUAUCCCUUAUUACAAGAUGAAGUGAAACGGUUAACACCAAGUAAUAGAAAUUCAGUAAAGACCCCUGAUACACUGUCAUUGAAUAUUCAACCAGACUACUAUCUUUUCUUGCUAAGACAUUCUUCUCUAUAUGACAGUUUUUAUUAUUCCAAUUAUGUGAAUGCUAAAUUAUCCUUGUGGAAUGAAAAUGGGAAGAAGAGGUUACACAAAAUGUUUGCCAGAAUGGGUAUACCUUUAAGCACCGCACAGGAGACAUGGUUGUACAUGGACCAUUCUAUCAAGAGAGAACUUGGGGUAAUAUUUGACAAAAAUUUAGACCGUUAUGGUUUACAAGAUAUAAUUAGAGACGGAUUUGUUAGAACCUUGGGAUAUCGUGGGUCCAUAAGUGCCAGUGAGUUUGUCGAGGCUCUUACAGCUCUGUUGGAAGUAGGAAAUUCAACGGAUAAGGAUAGUAUCAAAAUAAACGAUGGCAAAAGUGAAGAUACCGAUGGAGAAGAAGAAGAGGUUAAUAAUGUUCAAAAAUUGACAAACUUGAGAAAAAAAUGGGUGUCGAAUUUCUGGCUAAGUUGGGACGCUCUAGAUGACAGGAAAGUUGAACUCUUGAAUCGUGGUAUCCAGUUAGCACAGGAUUUACAAAAAGCAAUUUUUAAUACAGGAGUUGCCAUAUUGGAGAAAAAAUUAAUUAAGCAUUUAAGAAUUUAUAGAUUAUGCGUCCUGCAAGACGGGCCAGAUCUGGACUUGUACAGAAAUCCACUAACGUUAUUAAGGUUAGGCAAUUGGCUUAUAGAAUGCUGUGCGGAAUCUGAAGACAAGCAAUUACUACCCAUGGUGCUUGCCAGUAUAGACGAAAAUACGGAUACGUAUUUAGUUGCUGGAUUAACACCUAGAUAUCCCCGUGGACUAGACACAAUACACACAAAAAAACCAAUCUUGAAUAAUUUCAGCAUGGCAUUUCAACAGAUAACUGCAGAAACGGAUGCUAAAGUAAGAAUAGACAAUUUUGAAAGUUCCAUAAUAGAAAUUCGUCGUGAGGAUCUUUCGCCAUUCUUGGAAAAACUGACCUUAAGUGGAUUGUUAUAA